AUGGCUACGUCCUCAAAUCUCAUCUUGGAACCCCACCCUGGAACACAUGAGGGUUACCAUGAACCUCCAAUUACCGAAGCACCGAAGACCAUCGUGCUCCUCUGCGAUGGCACUUGGUGUGGUCGCGAGACUAACACCAAAACCAACAUCUAUCGCCUGGCCCAGCUUUUUCAAGUCCCCAUCGACAACCCCAAUUCUACGGAUACGUAUAUCCGGCAAGUCAAUUCGGCUGAUCCGGCUGACCGUCAGAUCGUCGCACGGUAUCGUCAUGGCGUCGGCCUCGGCGCUGGCUUCCUGGACUACCUGUUUGACGGAGCAACGGCUUCUGACCUCAAAGAGGAAGUCAUCUCGGCGUACCAAUUCAUCGUUGAUCACUAUACUCCAGACCAGGAGAUCUGGAUGUUCGGUCUAAGUCGCGGUGCAUACAUCGUCCGCUCGGUUGCUGGGCUAAUCAACAACUACGGUAUUAUCAAUCGCUGGAGGUUGAACUUGAAUGACGACGAGACUCAUCAAAUCUGUCAGGAUGCGUACUUUCUGUACAAGAGUCGCGAUCGCAACAACAAGCCGCACGGGCCUAACGCCAUCGAGUUUCGGUGGCGGAACUCCUGGCCAUUGAUCGGUGACCCUGUUCCUAAUGGAGUGUCGGCCCCCCAACCACCGGUGAGGUUCAUGGGCCUGUUUGAUACCGUUGGAUCGCUGGGGAUCCCAACGUUUACGGGUGGUCUGGGACUGAAUUACCUCCAAUUCUACGACGAUGUGGUAUCUUCGGUGGUAAUGAAUGUCUGUCAUUUAGUCUCGGUUCACGACCGUCUUUGGGCCUUUCAACCAUGUCUGGCGAAGAGGAAAGACGGCGGCGAAGCAGGCAUCUAUGAGGAGUGGCUUCCUGGUUGUCAUUACGAUCUGGGCCGGCAGGAAUUCCGCUUCUGGAGAAGCGGAGGAGGUGUGCUUGAGAAAUUGGUGAGCAUUGCCAUCUAUAUCCCCAUUAUUGGACAAGGGAGAACGGUCUAUCCAAACAUGGUUCUGUCGGAUUUUGCUCUGCUGAAGAUGCUUGAGCAGAUCUGGAAUAAUGAUACGCGCAAACUACUACUCCAGCAAGAGCCUUCUGAUAUGUUGGCUGAUCUUGGUCCCCCUAUCAGGCCAGAACAAGUGGUUCCCCACAUCCCGAGAUCCCACUUGGGCAAUGGCGAUGUGUACGAAAGCAUCUUGAACUACGGCCCGUUCGGCAGUCUGUUUGGAAGCCUGGUGACUCGAAGUCUUGGGGAGCCGGCCAUAUGGAAAGUGCUUUUUGAGUUGCGCCAGAGAGUAAUUCCCACAGACAGAGCCACUGUCUAUCGCUAUGGCCGGGAUGACAUGAACCUGCCGGGUGGGAAGAAUCUAGAUGAACUCGGUAACAUUACCGGAGAUGGGGGCAGAAGAUAUCCAUCCAGGACGGCGGAAUCUUGGGCACGGCGGAUCGGCAAGCCAUGGCCUUGA